AAGAUGGGCAGACUGGCCAGUGGUACUGCUUUCAACUGAGGCCACUUGACUCUCACUUCACCAUUCUGUUCGUUUGUCUGUCUGCAUAUCUGGCUAUUUGCUGUAAGUCUGUCUGUCUGUCGGCUUGUCUGUUCAUCUGCUAACAUGCUGGUACGGGCCCUUCUGCAGACCUCACUGGUCCUGUGGCUGGUACAGAACACCAUACAAGGAGGAGUUAGACCACAGACUGGAGCCCUGGAAAGGAUGGCGCAAAGUCGAGGUGCUGGUAUUCUUGGAGCCCGAGGUUAUGGAGUGGGCAAGUCGGGAAAUACAGGGGCAGGCCGUUAUCUUGGAGGGGCAGCUUUUAGACCCACUGGGAUCAGAGGACCUUUGAAACAAGGAUAUGGAACACUCGGCUAUGGAGCAGCCAACCUUGGGGCUGGCCUUGGUGCAAACCUUGGGGCCAACGGACUGGGAACUGGAACAGGGUAUGGCCUAGGCAAUGGGCUGGGAGCAGCUUUUGGUUAUCAAGGAGGAAAGCUUGGAGGAAGAGGAUACACCAGUAAUGGCUUUGGGGCUCAGCAAGGUUACGCUGCAGGAGGAUACCCUGGCGCUGGACGUGCUGAUAUGUCUAUGUUUACAGGUGUUGUGCCAAGAGGUGGCCAACCCAUGUCACAAGGAGAGAGGGGCAAUGGUUAUGGUCAUAGAGGAGUCCCCAAUGGACAGGGUGCUAUAACCAAUGGUAAUCUUCCUCCCAGAUGUUAUCAUGUAGGACCAGAAGUGUCCAGUGGCGUGAGGGCUCAAAUUAAGGGCUAUGGACCAGGAGCAGGCAUGGUUAAUGGACAAGGAGCUAUAAGAAAUGGAGGAAUCUUGCCCAGUGGACAGGGCACCAAUCCUUCCAAGUCGGGGUAUGGCCUUGGUGCUGCUGGAUAUCUCAGUGCUGGUCUUACUGAUGGUUAUGGAGCAGGUCUUGGGGCAGGUGGAUAUCCACAGGGAGUUCGAGGUGGAAAGCAGAACGGCUACAGCAAUGGAUAUGGAACUGACAUUUAUGGUACUGCAGACGGUUAUGGGGCAGAUCUUGGAGCUGGAGGUCUUGGAGGUCCAGGGCUGGUAGUUGGCACUGGUCUGGGUACUGAUGCCAAGUCUAGAAAGUAUGCAGCAGGUGGUGUACUUGGUGCUGCCGGGUCAUUGCCCUACGGUGGACAGCCUGUGGUCUCAGCCGGACUCGGACCUCAAGGGAAGACUGGUAGCUAUGGUGGAACUACAUACGGAGGUAUACCAACUAUUGGGCCUGACACUGGCCUGGCUGGUACUGGUGGAGCCUUGGAACCUUUAUCAGUAGGUGGAGGUGUGGGUGUAGGUCAGUUUCCUUAUAACGCACCAAUCAUUGGAGGUGGAAUUAAUGGUGAUGCUGGCUUUCCCUAUGGUGCUGAGCAACUCAGUCUUGGAGCUGAUGCUUCACAAAAAUCUGCCAAAUAUGGUGCAGGCUAUGGAGCAGCACUGAGUGCAGGCGGCCAUGCUCCCUACACUGGACAGAAGGAUGGAAGCAAAUCAGGCCUUAGUGGCAUUUAUGGCAAUGGAUUCAAAGGUUGAUUUCUGAAGCCUUGAUGUUAACCCUUUCAGUGUUUGUGGCCCCUUUCUACUUAGUGUUUCUCACCAUUGUGCAAUUCGUUUUUUGUCUUGCAUAUUGUUUUGGCUUUACUUGUGCCCAUUUGUGUGGGUAAGUGCAUUUUUUGUUUUGUUUUUGUUUUUGUCUAUGUAUAUGUAUGGUUUUAAUGUUGAUGGUUAUGUUCCUGAUUGUGUUGUUUGUGGCUGUUUCCCCAGUCUUGUUCAUUGGAGAGUGUUUCAUGCCCCUUGUGUGUCACUGUAUUUUACUAAAACAUGUUAAGCAUUUUAUUGGCUGUCAUUUUAAUUCUUAUGAAACACUAAACAUUCAACCUUUC